GGCGCAUUUCACCCGGAACGUGUAGGGACCAAAGUCAGCUACGCGUACAUCACAGUCUUAGAAGGGGAUGAUUCCCCAGUAAUAUUCCCUGCCCUGAUCCAAGGUGCCGCUUGGCCUCCCUCCCGGGGAAGACUGCUUCUUGUGUGACACCAGCCAUAGAAAGAGACUCCGAUGGACUUACACCGGGCAGCCUUCAAGAUGGAGAACUCAUCCUACCUCCCCAACCCACUGGCAUCCCCAGCACUGAUGGUCCUGGCGUCCACGGCUGAGGCCAGCCGCGAUGCUUCCAUCCCUUGUCAGCAGCCACGACCCUUUGGUGUACCUGUCUCAGUAGACAAGGACGUGCAUAUUCCAUUCACCAACGGUUCCUACACCUUUGCCUCUAUGUACCAUCGGCAAGGUGGGGUGCCGGGCACUUUUGCCAAUCGUGAUUUUCCCCCUUCUUUACUACACCUCCACCCUCAGUUUGCUCCCCCAAAUCUAGAUUGCACCCCAAUCAGUAUGCUGAAUCAUAGUGGGGUGGGGGCUUUCCGUCCCUUCGCUUCCACUGAGGACCGGGAGAGUUAUCAGUCAGCCUUUACGCCAGCCAAACGACUUAAGAACUGCCAUGACACAGAGUCUCCCCACUUGCGCUUCUCAGAUGCAGAUGGCAAGGAAUAUGACUUUGGGACACAGCUGCCAUCUAGCUCCCCCGGUUCACUUAAGGUUGAUGAUACUGGGAAGAAGAUUUUUGCUGUCUCUGGCCUCAUUUCGGAUCGGGAAGCUUCAUCUAGCCCAGAGGAUCGGAAUGACAGAUUAGAUGAUUCCGGUUUGCUUGCCUGUUCAUCUACCUGGCAUCACAGGUGAUUCAUGAGGUAGGUGUUGGGGUCUAUGGAGAAAGGAAGCCUUGACUCGACAGGACUAACUUAUUUGCCCUGGAAAAAGGGAGACGUGUUUUGUGAGAAGCUAUUCAUGGAGGAUGCAUAAUUCCCCAGGAUGGGAACUGAGGUAACUCCUGUUUAUUGUCACUCCCUGAACCAGUCUCCAAGGCUUCUUGUCCAGGGAAAUGAUGCUAAAAUUUAUGGACCAAUUACGAAUAGUCCACGUGUGUCUUACAUAUGAAGUGUCUACAGAUAUGUUUCCCAGGGCUUUUAAAAUAAACAUCUCCUCAUUAAGGAAACUUUACAACAAAAGGGAAGAUAAGUAUUG